GAGAGAGACAGAGAGAGAGAGGCUCCUUCACGGAGAGAAAAAAAGAGCGAAUAAAAAAGGAAACCGUGCCAGGGAGGGAGCCCGUAACGAGCAGCAGACCCGCCGACAGCCGCCGCCGCCGCCGCCAUUCGGAUCGUGUCGGGGCCGCGCCUCGCCGUGGAUUAACAGCGCGUCUGGCACCGGACCGCACGCAGCGGACCGGGUCCGGGUCCGGGAUCGGGAUCAGGCCAUGGCCCUGACAGAUUGAGUCGCUCCGCGGCGGCAGCAGCAGCAGCAGGAGGUGGAGGAGUGGAGGAGGAGGAGGGGGGAGGAGGAGGAGGGGGAGGCGAGACGAGACGCGCUCCGUGGAGACGCUUCCUCGCUCUUUGUGCGCGAGCUGGAAAAUGGUGGAUUAUUUGUCCGGUGUCAUAAAAUCCUGAGCUCGGAGGCGUCGGUGAGCCGAGGUCGUGUCGCAGCGGUCGGUCGGUCGGUCGGUAGGUACCCCCCCCUCCCCCCCCCCCCCCCUCCGCUCCUCUCCGAGGUCCGCUUCUUUACGCACAUACAUGUCGGCUCGUCGUGCCGCCGCGGCGCGCGCCCCCUCCGCUCCUUGACAGCAAACAUUUGGAAACAAUAAACUGUUGGAUUACCGGACUAUGGAUUUCACCAGCGGUGGAGGAGGAGGAGGAGGAGGCGGAGGAGGGGAGCUGCACAACAACCAGUUCUAUCCGUGCGAGGAGAGCAAGCCGCUCCUGGGGGAGAUGUCGGAGGGCAACAACAACAACAGCAGCAAGCCGGGCGCGGGGCCGGCCAGGAGGCCGCUGCACCACUGCAGCGCCGGCAGCGGCAUGCGCUACAAGCUGCUGCACGAGGGCGACAUCCAGGUGUGCGUGGUCAAACACCCCCGCACCUUCCUCAGCAAGAUCCUCACCUCCAAGUUCCUGCGCAGAUGGGAGCCGCACCACCUGACGCUCACCGACGGCAGCCUGACAUCAGCCACGCCCACCGGCUACAUGGAGACGUCUCUGUCCUACAGCUCCAUAGAGGACCUGCAGCUCCUGGCCUGGGACAACGCGCCCAAGUACUGCGUCCAGCUCAGCUUCCCGGGGGGAACCGUGCUGCUGCAGGCUGCAAACAGCUACUUAAGGGACCAGUGGUUUCACUCCUUGCAGUGGAAGAAAAAGAUCUACAAGUACCGCAAGGUGCUGAACAACCCGAGCCGCUGGGACGUGGUGCUGAAGGAGAUCCGGGCGCUGGUGGACAUGGCGCUCAGCUCGCCGCUGCAGGACGAGUCCAUCCACCAGGCCCCGCUGCACAUCAUCUCCACGCUGCUGGCCGAGAACUCCAACCUGAGCAGCCAGGAUCAUGAGAACAUCAUCGUGGCCAUCGCUCCUCUCCUGGAGAACAACCACCCUCCUCCCGACCUGUGCGAGUUCUUCUGUAAGCACUGUCGGGAGCGGCCGCGCUCCAUGGUGGUCAUCGAGGUGUUCACGCCCGUCGUGCAGAGGAUCCUCAAACACAACAUGGACUUUGGGAAAUGUCCUCGGCUGCGUCUCUUCACUCAGGAGUACAUCCUCGCCCUCAACGAACUGAACGCCGGGAUGGAGGUCGUCAAGAAGUUCGUCCACAGCAUGCACGGGCCGACUGGACAGUGUCCUCACCCUCGAGUCCUGCCAAACCUGGUGGCUGUGUGUCUGGCUGCCAUCUACUCGUGUUACGAAGAGUUCAUCAACAGCCGGGACAACUCCCCGAGCCUGAAGGAGAUCAGGAACGGCUGCCAGCAGCAGAACGACCGCAAGCCGCCCAUGCCGCUGCGCCUGCUGCGCCCCGAGCCCCCCACGCCGCCGCCCGCCACCAUCCUGCCGCUCUCCGCCAACAACUCCCCGCCGCCGGCCACGGUGCCGGCGCCCGCCCCGGCCAACCCGCCCAUCCCCGCCUCGUCCCUGCCGCUCUCGCCGCCGCCCUCCGUCGUCAACUCCAGCGAGAUCCUGGUGGAGCUGGAGCGCAACAACAACACGGCCAACGCCAAGAGGAAGGCGGCGCCGGCGGGCGGAGACAGCGAGCCCAACCUCAUCGACUGCCUGCUGGUCAGCCCCGCCGUCAACACGCUGUCCAUACAGCUGCCGGCGCAGGCCGACCGCGUGCUGGGCUGCUUCGCCCUCAUCCUCAAGAUGCUGUCGGACUAUGACGACUGGAGACCAGCUCUCGCCAGCCUGCUGCAGCCCAUCCCCUUCCCCAAGGAGGCCCUCGCACACGCCAAAUUCACAAAGGAGCUGAAAUAUGUCAUCCAGAGGUUUGCAGAGGACCCCAGACAGGAGGUGCACUCCUGUCUCCUCAGUGUGCGCUCAGGUAAAGAUGGCUGGUUUCAGCUGUACAGUCCAGGGGGCGUGGCCUGUGAUGACGACGGCGAGCUGUUUGCCAGCAUGGUCCACAUCUUGAUGGGUUCCUGCUAUAAGACCAAGAAGUUCCUUCUGUCUCUGGCUGAGAACAAGCUGGGUCCCUGCAUGCUUCUGGCCCUGCGAGG